AUGUCCAUUGAUGUUUUUAUGUUUUUGCGAAAAAAAAUAAUAAAACUCGUUGAUAUCGAGUUCGAAAAUUAUCGUGUGCAGUGUUUUCAUUUCGUCGGGGUGCGGAGGAUGCGUUGUUUGUGCCUGUUAAAUAUCCACCGGAAUUUGAAUCCGAGAUCGGACGGCACCGAAUCUCCCAUUUUGGAAGAACAGGAGAGUGCCAAUUCUGAAAAGCCGAAACAGGUUAAAUAUGGUGAACUAGUCAUUUUAGGUUAUAAUGGAUUUUUACCUCAAGGCGACAGAGGCAGGAGAAGAAGCAAAUUCGUUUUCUACAAGCGGCAGGUUGCCAACGGCGUCAAAAGGCUGCGACAUUACGUCGUCAGGACGCCGCACUCGACGCAGGCCAUCCUAGACGUCAACCAGCAUUCGAUAUCCUACACAUUAUCCCGAAACCACGCGGUCAUAGUAGAGUAUACGAGCGAUGAGGACACUGAUAUGUUCCAGAUCGGCAGGUCCUCGGAAACCCCCAUAGAUUUCGUUGUGAUGGACACCAUACCGGGCGAUAAGACGGGCGAUACUAGAAUUAACCAAAGUACAAUUUCGCGGUUCGCUUGUCGGAUACUAUGUGAUAGAACGAAUCCCAAAAUAGCUAGAAUAUACGCGGCGGGAUUCGAUACUUCGAAAAACAUAUUUUUAGGGGAAAAAUCGUUAAAAUGGCAAGAAAACGGCCGGGAAAUAGACGGGUGCACCACCAACGGAGUCCUCGUCAUGCAUCCGCGCGGAAGCUUCUGCGGGGGCGAAGCGAAAUACGAAUAUUGGCUGGAGACCUCCGUAGGUGGAGGUAUAUUUACGCUGAGAGAAUCUCGAUCCGCCCAACAAAGGGGACAAGUGGUCGAGGACGUAACGAAUGUUCUGCAAGACGGAUCUCUAAUUGAUCUUUGCGGCGCUACUUUGUUAUGGCGCUCCGCGGAUGGUCUAGCGAAAUCACCCAACAAACGCGAUCUGGAACGGGAAAUCGACGAGAUAAACGCCGGGCGUCCGCAGUGCCCCGUCGGGCUGAACACUCUGGUGAUUCCCAGACGGGUGUCGCCCAACGAGAACCAACAGCAACCGUACGUUUACCUGAACUGCGGCCACGUCCAAGGAUUGCACGAUUGGGGCCAAGACAAAGAUACGGGCACCAGGAAAUGCCCGAUUUGUUUGGAGUUGGGGCCCGUCGUGAAAGUUUGCAUGGGCUUAGAGCCGGCUUUUUACGUGGAUUCCGGUCCACCUACGUUUGCUUUCAAUCCCUGUGGACAUAUGGCUACGGAAAAAACGGUCAAGUGCUGGGCAAAUUUGGCGAUCCCUCACGGGACCAACGGUUUCAGGGCAGUUUGUCCGUUCUGUGCUUCUCCUUUGAGCGGCUCUCCCGGUUACAUUCGUCUGAUAUUUCAGGAUAACGUCGAUUAA